CGCUCUCCUCUCCUCUCCGCUUCGCUUCUCAAAUCCAGGCUCAGAUCCGAUACCUCGCCCGCCUCCCACCCUGCCGCGCCCAAUCGGAAUGUAGUUCUCCCCCAGCACAGUAGACUAGCCAAUGAAGAGGAAGUUUUUAAAGCAGAGCAGAAGAAUAUAGUUUAUGGUGCCUGGAUGAGAAUUGGAAAUGCUACUGGCUGUGGAAGGAGGAGGGUUUUUCUCGUCAUCAGCUUCAGGGUACAGCCAUGGCCUUGCUCUUUUGCUGCUUGGACGGAAGGAAGAAGAUAAGCCUGUCAAAGUAUCACCCUGGAAUCAGUACCGACUAGUUGACGGGGAAGCUGAGAAGGUGUAUAAUCUGGCUCCCGGGAAAAACCAAGCGCCCCGCAAAUGUGCUCCCUUCAUCUGCUUCGGUCGUGCAGCUUCGGAGCUUGAAGCUGCGCCUCCUCCCAAAGUGAGUUCAAGCAACACGUUGAGCUCUUUGGAAGACUCAUCAGGUUUAACAAAGAAGAAAGUAACAACUAAUGAUCCCAUCACUGGAGAUGAGAUAAAGGGUUGUCUUAAGAGCAACUCAAAAAGGGAUUCGUCAGAGCAUUGUAUAGUGGUGAGUGAAGGCGAGGAACCGCGCGAGUCACUGGAAGAGGUGCAAACCUUGAAAUCGGGUAUGGAACGAAGAAGAGUUCAGUGGACAGAUACGUGCGGAAAGGAGCUUUUCGAGAUAAGGGAGUUCGAAGCCAGUGAUGAAAGUUUGUCUGAUGAUGAAGAAAACGAGGGUUUCAGGAAAUGCGAGUGUGUGAUUCAGUAGAAUUCACCUCUAUCAUUUGAGACAAUGAUCCAUGGAUAGCUGCAGCCUUUCUGCUAGGAUAUGCUUAUUGAAACUUCUCAUCCAUCAAGAAUUCAUGAUGGUACCUGUGGCUUUUGACGCUAAGCAAACAACGAUGAGACAUUCUAUAUGGUGCUGAACUGUCUGUUUGUGUUCCUCAUAGCUAGUCUGCACACUACGUUACAGUUUUGAUGCUCACUGUACUAUACCAAAAUUUGACUCAUUUGUUAUGUUUCGCCUUCUUUUCAUUCCUCUUGGGUGUUGGCCAGCUCUAGGUUGUAACAUAUAAGGCUGUCUAGUUAGUGGUGGCAUGGAUGUUUGAUUCGCCAUCUUUGUUUUGCCUUGCUCAUCACUGUUAAGUGCUGCCCUGGCCCUGCUGACAUUUUUCUGUCAAGAUGUUAUGUUCAUUUAUUGGCGAUUUUUU